UUCCGACUGUUGCGUACGUCAAUGACGUAACUGGGUAGAAUCCCCCCGCAUAGCGGACAUGAUUACAGCGGGGCUGCUAUCAGAAUUGUGCUGUUUUUUUGCGCCACAACAACCCAGUUUUAAUCAAAACCUCGUGCUUUUCACCCCGCUUUGAGGUGCGUAGUGUUGAAGGCUCACUUCCUUCGGGAUAGAUGUUAAGUUUUAUCACAGACACAGGUGUGCACAAGUCCUGAGCAUCAAGUCUAACCAUGGUGAGGCUGGAGCUGGACCAGGUAGUGAUGAGGAGGAUGAAGGAGGACGACAUCGAGAUAGUCAAGGCCCUCAUAAAGGAGGGCUGCGAGGGCACGGAGAACCGCCUCGUCCUUCACAUCCUGACUCGUCCGCUCUGCCUCUUCGUCCUGGCUGUUUUCUCUUCUGUCCUGCGCUGCCUUGUCCAUUCUUUCAUUCUGGCCCUCGCCAUCCCAGUCUUCUUGCUGAUCAUCUUCCUCAAAAUCACCAUGCCACGCUCCACGGGGGUUUUGGGCAGCAGUCGUCCUUACUGGGACUAUGUUGGCAGCAGCUACAGAGGGACGCAGGAUGAGAUUCUGUCGAACCCGUACAGCAGGAUCAGCGGGAGGACUCCGGUGACAAAGAAGCCAAGGCGAAGAACUGGGUGCAAAGACAAGGAAAUGUCUUCCGAAAAGAUCACCCCAGAGAGGGAGCAGACCGCCGGUCAGGUGUGGGUCGCUGAGUGCGAGGGAGAGAUUGUGGGCUGCGUCUUCCGGGAGAGUGAGAGCCGAGCAGGCAUCGCAAGGAUCUGCAGACUCGUGACAGGCUGCUGGUAUCGCAGGGAGGGUCUGGGGCGACUGCUGCUCCAGAGUCUGGAGAACAGAGAGAGGGAGGCUGGAGCUCACAGGGUGUACGCACACGUCCCUUACCCAUCCAAAGUGGGGGAAGCUUUCUUUAGAAAAGUGGGUUAUCUGCAGCUAGGGGAAGUAGAAAAUGAAGAGGAGGAGGACGAUGAGAUAAAGAAUGAGACUCCAGAGAAAGGCUUCAUGGGAUACCCUCUCACAAAGGUUUUCUACAAAGACUUGUGAGGGAUGAAGAGCUCUGAAUCUGACUGGAUUGUUUUAGAGUUAAGUUAAUUUAUGGAAUUUUGCUUUUUUUGUCAGUGCUUUUAUUUAUUUACUGUGUGUAUUUAUUUGAUAAGUUGAUUAAAGGGCUGUUUACAUAAUAGCAUCAAACUACAAAAUGUUUUAUGUGAAAAUAAUUGUAAAUAUUCACAAAUAUGCUGAAAAUUGUACAUUUUGGAGUUUUUGUCAUAUUUCUUCAUUGUAAAAAUAAAUGUAAAACUUUUACAUUUUUUUAAUUUACUUUCUAAAGACAGAUAGAAGUCAGUUAAAAUAUGAGUAAAAUGCAACUUAAUAUCACAUCACGGAGAGCUAACACAGAUAAAAGGUGUAGAAUUUAGACCAGUCUGGAAUCCUCCCAUUUUCUGUUAUGAACUCAAAUAAAUUAUGUCGCAUUUGUAUUUCCUGUUGGUUCCAUGCAAACAGCACAAACCAAAACAAUUGUUGAAAGCAACAAUCCAAACUUAGCAGCAAAUCCAACAGUAAAAAUGUCGUCAGCACAACCCAAACAGCCACAGAGUGUUUCCACAACAGCAGCUCCUUCAUCAUAACUCCUGCAGCUAACACAGAUGACCGACCCCAAGAUGAAAGUAGGACCCACAAGCGUUAUGAUCUCGGUUUGUGUGGCACACAAAGUUAUUGCUUUUAUUUGACAACGUCCACAAAUGAUCCACAGAAUGUGGGCAGACUUGUCUGUGACACAAAAGAUUAAAAACAUAAAGCAGUGCUAUUGGCUUCUGUGAAUUAAGUGUAUGAAUGUAGCCCACACAGCUGGGAGAAUCAAGAGGAUGCCAAUGGGCCUGCUUAGAUUAAGCACAAAAUUGUUAAACAUAAUAGAACUGACUGUCAAGUAGUAAAAUGUGAGGUUUAGUUUCAGUUUUUAUUAAUGCCAAUUUGACAUUUGCGAACAUGUCAACUGAUAUUGAAUGAAGUAAUUGAUCCAUCUAAGACUGAUUUUGUUUUAUUUGUAGUUUUUGUGUGGGUUUUGGUGUGAAAAAUAUGUAUAUUUCCUUGUUUAUUUAAGGUGACUUGUUCAUUUUUGUAUUUCUUGCAUCAUGCUAUGAUAAUGCAUAAGCAGCACACGGGCUUUGGGUGAUUAAUGCUAUAAAACAGUCCUGUAAAGGCAAUUUUGUAAACCGUUUUUACAGCUCUUUUCUCAAGUGUUUCGAGGCAGGCUUGGGUAUGUGUGACUGAAUCCAUGUAUGGGUUUGUGAAGCUGUGCUGAUGUGUAGGCGUCGGUACUGUUACAGUAUAGGAAGCAAGUGUGGUUUAGGUGAAUCUGCAGAAUUUACCUCUGCACUCAUUGUCUGCUGUUGUUCACCUUCACGGAUGAAGAGAGGGGGUCCAUGAACCUGUAAACCAUAUCCCCCUCAUUCAAAACAUAGUUUCUAUUCAAUCUUUUGUAUAUUUUCUUAGUGUUGAUAAAAUAAUUUGUAACACAAAAUCUAUUGACUGAUGGGAAAAUAUUAGACAUGAUGCUAUUGCCUUUUGAAUUUUUCACAAAUAAAAUAUUUGCAACUUUAAGUUUGAAUAAAAAAAAAAAAGUAAUGUCAAUUCAUUAAAAUAUUGCUUAUUCUGAAUAAUUUUUCUCUAUUUUGCAAUGUCAUAUUUAAUAAAAUACACUAUUUCAUUGCGACUGAAGCCUGCGUGCGGUUUGCAGGUGACUGACAGCUUAUGUGACUCAACUGUGGAAAGUUACCCAGCACCCUGCCUUGAGGCUAACCUUAAUAUGGUUAGCAGCCCUCACACUUUCCGCAUUUCACAUUUACCUUCCUUCCAAACUACAGGCGUCAAAUUGCCACAGAUAAACACCACAGGAAGUUUGUACAAUGCAGAGAGUUUUUGUAAUACAGACCUGAAAUGAGGACAAAAAAACAUUAUUUCACAAAGAAAAAAAAA